AUGGAGAAGAACGCCAAUACCAAUGUCCCACCGGAGACCUCUUCCGACCAACGCCACGGCGGAGAAAGGUCUCCGACGGGGCCGACUUCUCCUCAACCAACUCACAACCGCGACAAUAACCCUAACCCCACAACGGAACACUCAUCCUACUCCGACAGGCUACCAGUACCUCCCGCCGCCGAGACUAGUCGGCGGGAUGGCCUGUUCGAUGUCGGAACGUCGUACGAGAACAUCGUAGGAAGUUCCGAGGGCGAGCCAGGGAAAAAGAGAGGACGAGGUGGGGGAGAAGAGGAGGAGGAGCAGCAGCCGCCGCCGCAGCAGGUGAAAGCUGCAAAGAAGAAAGGGGAGCUGACGGAGGUUCCAAAAGGGGAGCCUAGAUGUGCGACUUGCAACAAAGUGUUCAAAUCGUGGAAAGCACUUUUUGGGCACUUGAGGUCUCACCCGGAACGGACCUACCGUGGGGCUCUUCCGCCACCAACCGCCGCAGAGCUCGACAUUCGCCGCUGUCAGCAACAGCUCGCUUCCACUUUGCUGACUGUGGCUCAGGAAGUGGCGGCGUCGCGAAGAGGGCUGGAUAUUGAUCUCAACCAACCCUCCACUGCUGACGACGGUGACUCGCCGGAGAAGACCGGCGGCGUGGGGUUCGAUCUGAACGCCGAUCCGCCGCCGGGAAGUGAUGACGAGGACUGA